AUGUCUCAAGUUGUGGGCAAGACGCGGCUGGCCUACUCACGGACAUGGCACCAAAUCGACAUUGGCUCCGAUUCCCGCCCCCUGGGACGGAUAGCCUCCUCUAUCGCCGUGUUCCUCAUGGGCAAGCACAAGCCUAUCUACGACCCAUCGACCGAUUGUGGUGACUACGUGGUUGCCGUCGGCUGCCACGAUCUACAUGUCACAGGCAAGAAACGAGCACAGAAACAAUACUACACGCACACGACGCGGCCAGGUAGUCUCAAACAGAUGAGUAUGGACUACAUGAUCGAGAAAUGGGGCGGUGGAGAGGUGCUGAAGCGCGCUGUGAGAGGGAUGUUACCGAAGAAUCGGUUACGGGAUAAGCGGUUAGCCAGGCUGAAGGUUUUCGAGGGCUCUGCGCAUCCAUACAAGCAAAAUAUUGUGAAGUUUGCCGGUAAGCCAUAUCAGCCUGGGAAGGUGAUGGAGGCAAUCGAGGCAGAAAAGGCAAAUCCGAUACCUGCUCCGCCCCCGUCAUAA